GUCGCGGGCUUCAGGCUUGGCUUGAAGAGAAGCUGGUGCCAGUGGUUUUCUGUGCUGUGAGUUCUGCUGCAGGGAGCUGAGCAGAGAACAUGGGAGAGCUGGAAAACCAUGCUAUGGAAGUGAUCUCCUGUGCCAAUGCAUUCAAGUGUAGAUAAGUUAAGUAAUAUCUUUUAAUUAACAAUUUAUGGGAAAACACUUUAAAUUAAAAGGGGCUAGAUAGAUGGCUCAGCAAUAAAUGCACUGACUUUUGUGACAGAGGACCCAGGCUCCACUUAUAGAACGCACAAGGUAGAAAAUCAUUUGUUGUAACUCCAGUUCCAGGCACCUUCUAUCUUCUUCUGGCCUCUGUAGGCCAGAACAGUGUGAACAGACAAAACAUCAUAUAAAUAUUUCUUUAAAGUUAUAAAAAGUAAAGAAUGGGAUUCUUUACAGUGAAGUCACAGCCCUCAGGCAGACAGUAGCCAGGGAUAGUUAAAAUGAACUCCUUAUUGUCUUGCAUGGAAGCAGCUGUGGACUCCUGCCAAGCCAGCCUGCUCAGAGGCAAAAGCAGCUUCAUUCUGAGGUUCAUAAAGCUCAUUAUAACCAUUCAUCUAACAACAGAGUAAAUAAUGCUGUUAAGUGACUUUUUAAUAAUGAUUUCUGUUCUCUGUCUUUGUGAAAAUUAUGAUAUUGGUAUACUUAUCCUUUAGACUGAACAUUAAGAUUGACAGGUCUCAUAUGGCCAAGAGCAAUCUUCAUUCACUGUAUCAUUUACUUGAAUUUCAGCUAAGACUUUGGGGUACAAGAUGAAUAUCGCAGAGGCAGUUGUUUCGAUCAUUUUAUAACUUACAUAUGGCUCUGCAUGAUUUUUAUGUAAGAAUUCCCCUAACUGUCUCUACUUUUGCAUUGUGAUUGUGUUCAAAGAUGGACUUGUUAAACUGUCCUGCUUAAGAAUAAGAGAACUCUACACAACCAUGUCCAGAUUCCCUAUGUAAAAUCUACAUUCCUCCUUUGUUCACAUAAAGCAUUGUAGAAGUAUUCCAUACUCUACUAUCCUCCUGCAGAAUAGUAUUACUAUGACUCCCUGGUUGGCCUGGAACUCAACUACAGACUAGUCUGUCCUAGGAUAUCAGAGAGAUCUGUUCACCUUGUCUCCAGAGUUCCUGCAUUAUAGGAAUAAAACUAAGGAGGAUGGAGCCUUCCUUCAGCUUUCUGAUGGGAGAAAGACCUUUUAUCUUGUUUGUGAUCUAGUUUCUGCUUUCCUUGCUGCUUGUCUGGAGUCUCUGUGACAACCAGAACCCUGUUACUGAAGAAGAUCCUACUGUUUCAUAUCACUGGGUUAUUUAAGAAAUAAUUUUGGAAAUGUCUUUGCUGUGCCAGAGGAGGGCACCAGAUCUCAUUACAAAUGGUUGUGAGCCACCAUGUAGUUGCCAGAAAUUGAACUCAGGACCUCUAGAAGAGCAGUCGGACUCUUAAACAAUGAACCAUCUCCCAGCCCAGGUUCCAGGUUGUUUACAUUGCACUAUUUUCAUAAACCCUGCUAAAAGCUCCCCUAUUCCAGUUAUCUAUCCCUACCUUCUCCUCAUUUGUCUCUUCCUUACUCACCCAAUCCUUCCUGUUCCCUUCCCAACUUGCCAUCAGUGCACCCAAAAAAUCUAUUCUAUUUCCUCUUCCAAGGGAGAGCCACAAAUCUCUCCUAGGGCCAUUGUUUAUUAUUUAGCCUCUCUGCAUCUGUGGAUUGUACUGUGAUUACUGUGAUUACAGUGAUUGUACUUUACUGAACUACUUAUAUCUACUUAUAAGUGUGUACAUACCAUGUUUGUCAUACCAUGUUUGACUCACUCAGGAUAAUACAGAACUAAAGAAUCUUGACAACUUCAAACCAAAUAAUUCAUUUAUAAUGGGACAUACCUCUAAACAUAACUCUCAGUAGUUGAAUCUAAAGUUGCUGAAAAAGACUUGAAGAAAUGUUCAACAUUCUUAGCCAUCAGGGAAAUGCAUAUUAAAACUCCUUUGAGAUUUCAUUUUAUAUCUGCCAGAAUGAGAAGAUCAAUAAUACAAAUGAUAGCUAAUGCUGGCAAGGACGUGGAGCCAGGGGAGUCACUGCUUUGACAAGUGCAAACUUGUACAGCCACUGUGGAAAAUAAAUAUGCAAUACUCUGAAAAUGGGUAGUCAAUCUACAUGAAGACGCAGCUUGGGCAUAUACCCAAAUGAUGGUCCUGCACCCUACCACAAGGACAAUUGCUCAACUAGAUUCAUAGUGGCUUUAUUUAUAAUAGCCAGAAACUGUUAUGUCUGUGAGAGAUUUUGCUGAUUGAUGAUUGAAAUGAGAAGGCUCCUCCACCUAGGGUAGCAGGAAUGGCUAUUCCACCUAGGGUGACUGUAGCAAGAACAUACCCCAGUUAUGGGGAAGGAAUAAUCACUCUUGAUUCAGACAUGGUAUAACACUCAUUUAUUCACACAGUAAGAUUACAAGUAAUAUUUAUCCUGUCUUCCAAAUGGAAAUGGAGUACCUUUCCAGGUGUACAGGUCCGGACUUGCCACAUCUUUUCCUAUGGAUCUUGGGUCAGCCCUCCUCCGGUUAGCCAUGUCUGCACUGGGGACAGGAUCUCACGUCUCAUGCAAGGGUCUGACGAGAUCUGUUGAUCUUCUGAUCUGAUGAUCUGAGGCUUCAUUUUAUAUCCUUCCUGAAUGUAGUGACCUAUGAUGAUGUGCAUUUUGGCUUCACCUGGGAAGAGUGGACUUUGCUGGAUCCUUUCCAGAAGAAUCUCUACAAAGAUGUGAUGCUGGACACCUACUGGAACCUCACUACUAUAGGGUACAGUUGGAGAGACAAUACUACUGAUGAACAUUUUCAAAGUUCCAGAAGACAUGGAAGGUAUGAAAGAAACCAAACUGGAGAGAAACCUGUAUAUUUUCAAUGUGGUAAAGCCUUUGCAUAUGAGAGUCAUCUUCACAGGCAUGAAAGAACACAUAGUGGAGAGAAAAUCUUUGAAUGUAAUCAGUGUGGUAAAGCCUAUAGUCAUCAGAGUAGUCUUCAGAUGCAUAAAAAAACUCAUACUGGAGAAAAACCCUAUGAAUGUAAUCAAUGUGGUAAACCUUUUGUUCAUCACAGUAGUCUUCAAAGGCAUGAAAGAAUACAUACUGGAGAGAAACCCUCUGAAUGCAAUCAAUGUGGUAAAGCCUUUGUUCAUAACAAUGGUCUUCAAGUACACAAAAGAAGACAUACUGGAGAGAAACCCUAUGAAUUUAAGCAAUGUGGCAAAGCCUUUGCACAAUAUGGUCAUCUUCAACGGCAUGAAAGAUCUCAUACUGGAGAGAAACCCUAUGAAUGUACUCAGUGUGGUAAAGCAUUUGUGCGUCAAAGUCAUCUUGAAAUGCAUAAAAGAACACACACUGGAGAAAAACCCUAUGAAUGUAUUCAAUGUGGUAAAGCCUUUGCACAACAGAGUAAUUUUCAAGUUCAUGAAAGAACACAUACUGGAGAGAAGCCCUAUGAAUGUAUUCAAUGUGGUAAAGGCUUUGCAAAGCAUGGCAGUCUUCAAAUGCAUGAAAGAACACACAGUGGAGAGAAACCCUAUGAAUGUAUUCAAUGUGGUAAAGCCUUUGCACAGCGUGGUAAUCUUCAAAUGCAUGAAAGAACACACAGUGGGGAGAAACCCUAUAAAUGUAAACAAUGUGGCAAAGCCUUUGCACAAAAGAGCCAUCUUCAAAUGCAUGAAAGAACACAUACUGGAGAAAGAAUCUAAUUAAUGUGGUAAAGCAUUUGUAUCACAGUCAUCUGCAAAUUCGUGAAACAACACAUACUAGAGAGAAACCCUAUGAAUGUAUUCAUUAUGAUAAACCCUUUGCCUAUCACAGUCAUCUUCAAGUGUAUAUAAAAAACAUACUAGAGAGAAACCUUAUAAAUGUAAUUAGUGCUAUAAAUCCUUUGUAUAUAUCAGUGAUCUUUGGAAUCAUGAGAAAAAGUCAUAUUGCAGAGAAACCCUGAAAAUAUAGUCUGUGUGGUAAGAUUUUGCACUUUAUACAGGAGUAAAACUUUUGUGUGCAUCUGAUCUUUUAAAGCCUUAGCUUAUCACAAUUGACAUUGAGUACCUGAAAAUGAUACUGAGGGCUAUAUAUUAUAAUGUAUUAGUAAGAUCUUUAACCAAUACACUUAUAGCCAAUUACACAACAUUAUUUAUUUUGUAGAAAAAAAUGUUGACAGUUUCAACAAACUGUUCAAGCAUUAUGAUUUCCAUUUUUAUAUAGUUUGGCCCAGCUAUAUCAUGGGGGAAAAAUCGAAUUUAUGAAGCACUAUGUGUAGAGUAAAAGGGCCAGCUAAAGAAGCACACUGUGUCCCUGAUUCCAGAGCCAGUGAGAGAUACACUGCGGUCCUGAAACCAGAGACAUAAUUUUAAGAGGGACCAAGUGAAAGAAACACUUUUCCCCUGAAAGCACAGCCAAUGAAACACACUCUAGCUUUGACAAACUGAGCACAAAACCAACCAAUCAAUGAGCACAAAAUGUAGCCUAACUCUGAGAUUGUUCAAGCACAGGGAUUGAAAUCCAACCAAUUCCCACCCCAGAAAUCUCCCUGGAAAAACUCAGCCCUAAGAAGCCCCAUAUAAGCCAUGUGCAUGUUCGGUUGACUGCUGACCUUUUCCAUACUGGAAAAGGAAUCCAGACUUUCUCCUUGAUUCCUUUCUCCACAAUACAUGCCUUGAAUUACUUCUGAGUGAAGACAUCCUUUUGCCCAAGUGGAUCAGAAUAUCUCUAGUGACUUGGAGCAAAGACACAAUGGACACUUCUUCUGGGAAACUCCCUUAGGGGAGUGGAACAGAGCAACAACUGACAUCUCUGGUAGGAAAACUCUCCUGGCAGAGUAGAGCAGAGCCCAUCUCUAAGAACUCUCUCUCAGAGAGAAGCAGAAUUUCUCCAUCUUGUGGGGAGAUCAUCUCUCAUGGGAACACAGCUCCAGGCAUAGCCUUACUUCCUGUCAGGAUACCUUUCUCCUCACCACUGUAAUUAUAUAGGAUACCUUCCAAUCACACCUGUAGGUGUAGUCUAACUUCCUAAAGACAAGGUACAUUCUUUCAUUAAACAAUAACAUAACCCUUUUAGAUUUUAUACUUGUCUUAAAUUGCAUGAAAUAACUAAUUCAGGUGUUUUCUGUUUUGAUAUAAUGUCUAGGUCAACUUAUAAAAGUGUUUAAUUUGACCCUUAAUCCCAGAGGGAUACAUGAUUGCCAUGAAAGUGGCAUGGAAACAACUGUCAGAUGUGGCAGCAGAAGCAGAAGGCUAAGAACUCACAUCCUUAACUGUAAGCAUUUAGCAGAGUGUGGCACCUAUAAAUGAUGUGUGGAUGUAAAUUCUCUAAGCUGGUAGUUCCAGUAACACAUUUUCUGCAGCAUGGCAGUAUUUCCUAAAUCUUUCAAAAUGGAACCACCAAUUACAAGUAUACAUUUCUGGAACUCAUGCCUACAUACUUGCUUUUGGUUACAUGAAACAAUUCAUGGUGAAGAUAAACUGUAAUAAGCCAUUACACCAGCUAAACACUGGCUAUAGAAAUGAAUACUUACAAGAGAAAAACUUUCCUGAAUGAAAAAUUGUUUUACUAAAAUUUGCUUUAAUAAUAAUUAUGUGAUGUCAGUGUUUGUCUUUUGGAGUGUGUGAAUGUGUAUGUUGUUCCUGAGAACAUUAAACACUUGGAUCUUCUUAUAGCAGGAAUUACAGGAGAUUGUCAAAAAUCAGACCUUGGUCAUGGGAAUGAACAUUUCUUAACUGCUCAGCUAUGCCUGAAGAGUUAUAAAUAUUUUAAAAACUAUUUCUAUCAUUUUGAAGUCAGAAAAUGGGGACAAACUCAUACAAGAGAAGAACCCUAUUUGUGUAAAUAAUUUGGUAAAGACUUUUGAAAACACAGUUGUCUUCAGUUUCAAAAAAAUACAUUUCAUUUAUUUUUCAUUGUAGCCUUGGAGGAAGUAAAUUACUUACCAUGUUUACUCAAGACAUAUGGUUGAGACCACUGCAUUGUGGUUUCUAUUUUGAAACAUUUGAGGUAGAUACUCAAGUGUGCUCUAUGUAUGGCAAAUCUAUUUAGUGAAGUUUAUUUUUUGAUCUUUAUAUGCCUUCUGUGGCUUUGUUCAUCUACUAUCGUGCUUUUACUUAGUGACAGGUAUUUUUUCUGCUGUAAUGUAUAGAAUGAGAUCCUAUUCAUCUCAGUGGUCUAUUGUUUAUUUAAAUAGCAGUCAGUGUGUGAUCAUACUUUUUAAGUAAGGUUGUCUAUGAAAGGUGGUGGGUUGUUGUUGCUGGUUUUGUUUUUCAUAUUUUCACAUAUACCCUUGUGCUGUGGGAUGUUCUGUAUGGCAAAUGUGUUGCUGAUUGGUCAAUAAAUAAAACACUAAUUGGCCAUUGGCUAGGCAGGAAGUAUAGGCAGAACAAGGAGGAGAAUAAAGCUGCGAAGUGGAAGGCUGAGUCAGGGAGACCCUACCAGCCACCACCAUAAGAAGCUGCAUGUGAAGAUCCCGGUAAGCCACGAGCUAUGUGGCAAGGUAUAGAUUUAUGGAAAUGGAUUAAUUUAAUCUAUAAGAACAGUUAGCAAGAAGCCUGCCACGGCCAUACAGUUUGUAACCAAUAUAAGUCUCUGUUUACUUGGUGGGGUCUGAGCAGCUGUGGGACUGACAGGUGACAAAGAUUUGUCCUGACUGUGGAACAGGUUCCCAAAUGUCAGCUAAGCACCACGGACAGGUAAAGGUCCCACUGCUAGAAGCCUUACAAACAGACCAAGUUACACAACUGUCACACACAAGCAGAGGGUCUAGGAUGCUUCCAUGUAGGCUCCCUAACCAUUUGUUCAGAGUACGUGAGUUCCCAUAAGAUCAGUUUAGCUGUCUCUGUGGGUUCCCCAUCAUGAACUUGACCUUCCAGCUUGUACAAUCCUCCCUUUCUUCAGCUUUUUAAUUACAAAUAAUUGAUGAAUUAUUUUUCAUUUCUAUGUUUUAUUUUUCUUUGUUCUGAAGGAGUUGGUUGGAAAAUAUUUGGUCAUUAACAGAUCAUAUAUUAUUUUUAGGAAUUCCAUAACAUAAAUUUUGACUAUACUACACUCUUCCAUCACCAAAAAUGUUACCUGAUAUUUCUUUUUUUUUUCAUAGAUUUACUUUUUAUUCAAUGUUAAUGUUACAGAGUUCUUACACUACCAAACCGAGCCUGAGAACCCAAAGAAAGAAAUGGUGCAAUGGACAACCUCAUCCACCCAGACAGUGUAUUAAAACUUGAUUUAUGUGCAUUUUGAUAAUUUCACAACCUUAAAAAUUUAUAACAAGACUUGGAAUUUACAUCUGCUGCAGGUCUUCAGUGUUCCAGUACAGUAUGCCAUUAAACAAACCUCUUCACAUGUCUCUGUUCACUUCUCAAACCCUAACCCCAAACAGAUUGGGGUGGGGGGUGGGGGGUAUAAAGCAUACUUUAAGCGAAGUAUGUGGCUCAAGGUGAGAGAUUACUUGUUAAGGUUUCUGGUGCCCAAAUAAGUCUUCAGUUUGACCAAGAAUCUCAAACUUCUAAUUACCCAACGUGCUCCUGGCUAGUUCAGAUCACGCCAACGUUACUGCCCAGAAUGGCAUGCAGUCUGGUCAGGAAACACUAACCUAUACCUCCUCCUGCUUCCUGCACUGCUGCACUCAUUCAGUGAACUCAAGACCUAUUCUCAAGCUAGGAGGGCUUCCCUCAUUAUGUUUCAUUCCUGUCUCAACUGCGCUUGGCAAAGUGACUCAUUACAGACAAACCCAGGCACGGCCAUCAUGCAGUCUCAGUUGCCAAUAAAGAGUACUUGUACUGAAUCAUUUCUAGUGACACAGAAGUAGGUAACUGCCAGACUAUUUUACUAGGUGGAAAGGAACAUAGCAGUGACCUCUUUAAGGUCAAGUACUACUGCAAAGUUAAAUCGUAAUUACUAAGAACAGAAGUGAAGUAGGAUGUACACAAGGUCAACAGUUCAAGCUCACAUUGGGUGAGAGAAGUCCAUGUACCAGAAAUACCUGAAUUCCACUAGUGUCAUGUCAUGAUUCAGGAUUUUAAAUUCUGGAAAAUGUUGAUGUUUUUGAAUUCUACUAUUGAGAAGCAUGAGCUUAGUUACUCUUCAAAAAUAACUGUUUCAGCUGCUGUUCCAUUGUACAUCAGAAGCCAUCGGCCCACUGCCUGUUCAGCUCCCUUUGAAGAAAAGGGCACUGUACCUUUUCUGAAUUGUGAAGGCCACUUCAGGGAUGGUGCCAUAUUGUCCUGGCCUCAGAAGAUGCCUUUUGAUAAAGCCAUAACCACACUUGAUUUGGCAAGAAUCUAUAGUCCUUUGUUUCGUGUCCUGUCUGUCCUGUUUGUUAGCAGUUGAUUCGAGGAUACUUUGUUGUCCAGUGGCUAACUUUUGCCACAAUGAAAGUAAACUCCAUAUGCAGUUUCUUCAAAGCCCAUAUUUUCUCUGAAGUAGAUUGGUACUGCCAGCAGCCGACAUGUCUCAUAGUCAUAACAAAGAAGAAAAAUUUUCUAAGUUAUUAAAACAUUUUAAAUGCCAUAUUCUGUAGAUCUCUGAAGGGUUUGAAGAUGACCUGUCUAUCUAAAAUAUAUCUGCUCAAUUUUUAAAACAUACCUAAUAUGACUACAAUGUCUAUUAUAAUGUUUAACUACUAACUUUUAUUUCUUUAUAUCCUAAUAGUUGGUAAUAAUAAAAUUCAAGGAUCAGAAAAUUGCACUACAUUGUUAAAUGAACGGUAUAAGUACAAUUAGAAAUAUACAUAUAGCAUUUUCUAACAAUAUCAAUUUCAAUAUAUAUAAUUUGUAUACAAUAUAAAACAAUCCAAUCCAUUGUAAAGUAUUUAAAACUAGUAAUUUUCUUUUUCUUUUUCUUUUCUUUCUUUUUUUUAAACAAGAACCUUAAAUCUCCUUUGCUUAGCCUUUUUCCUAACCCUUGACAACAACUUGUAACCAACCCCCCUAUACAAAGAAAAUUAUCCCAGACCCAAAACCCAUUAAAAAGACCAAAAAACGACCUGCCCCACACCACCUCUUUGGGAAUGUGGGUGCCGUAUUCUUAAAAUUGCUUCAUGCUGGGUAUGGACGAAGGUAUCUUUAUCCUGAAAAGAAAAAUUUUAGGUUAAUUGUCAAAUUCUUGGAAAGGUAACUAUAUCCUUUGUUAUCUAGUCUGUGUAUAAUGCCAAAGUUCAGGGGUUAUCUCAAGUCUUUAUUCAAGUAAUCUUUGAGACUGGAUCAUCUCAGCUAGCCAUCUCAAAAUUGCUCUGAGCACUUUGUAGUCCAAAGCUGAUCUGUAGAUGAUGUUUGUCAGCUUAAUGACAUUAUUAUUGUCCAUGUAGAAUUGUUGUUGCUGUGGGGCCCCAUCUUCUUUCUGGAGACUUCAGUUGAUAUUAGACCUGGCCAUGAUUUCCCACAGAAAACUGAUAAUUGACUCGAAAUACAAAGACAUAUAUAUGCAGCCAAUUGAAACCUUUUUUCUAGAAUUAGUUAGUUCUUUAUAUGACCAUUCAUAUCUUAAUAAAGUUUAAAAUGUAUAUAUAUAUAUAUACCCAUAUAUAUAUAUUAAUCUUCUAAAUUUUGAUAUAAAAUUCAUACUUUAAGAAAAGUUUAAAGAAUCAGAACAGAAUCAAAGAGUUGAGAUUAGUAAUAGAAUAGUCCCUUAAUUAGUUUGGUUUUUCUUCUGUCCCAUAGCAGAAGAUGGCUCUUUUCUUCUGACAUGAUACAGGGAGUUUACAUUUUCCUUUUAACUCCAAAUUCAGCUUUAAAUUUUAAUUGAAUUGGGAUUAUUAGAAGACCAAUAGUGUUAAAUCUUUAGAGAAGAGCAGUAAUAAACAUUUAGGAAGACUUAUAAAAUUUUAUAGAUGAUAUAACCAUAUGCCAUUUCACUCUGUUUCCUGGGAUAGAUGAUUUGUCCCUUUUCUUCAGUUGUCUCAUUUGUCCUGUGUUCUUCAGAUUCUUUAACCUUCAUUCUCCUAAAAGACAAAAACAUAAACCUUUCCCCAAGACUAAUUUUGGGGAUGUUCUUUUUGGCAAGUUAUUAUCUGAUUAAAUGAAAAGGCAUGUUUUACUGGUAUAAGUUAGUUUAAAUUGGAUGUUCAUACUGGUUGAUGAACUAUCACCUCCUUUAAUUAAGAGGACUUUCUUGUUCAAAUCGAACCUUUAUCAAUUUUGAUAGUACCCACAGCUUAUCUUCUCCUAUAGAAACAAAAGCAAAACCUUGUCCCCAACGUAAUACAUACCCUGGUUUCCAUUCUGAGGUCAGCACAUCCUUAAAGUAUAUAGACUGAUUUAAUUCUGUAGUUUUUGCUAUUAUGCAAUGUCUCUCUGCAGCUGUUGUUCCUUUCUCAUUGGCAUUAAGAAAAUUCAAAGUUAAUAGAGCAUUAUGCAGUCUAUUUCUGGGGGUUUUUGUUACCCCUUUCUGUUUAUUUAGCAUAUCCUUUAGAGUUCUGUUUGAUUUUUCUAUAACUGCUUGACCUGUAGGAUUAUGUGGAAUACCUGUAAUAUGCUUUAUAUUGUAAUAAGAAAAAAACUGUUUCAUUUUAACAGAGUCAUAUGAUGGAGCAUUAUCAGUUUUGAUUGUGUGCAGGUAUACCCAUGAUGGUCAUAACUUCUAGCAAAUGAGUAAUUACAGAAUCAGCUUUUUCAGAAUGCAAAUCAGUUGCCCAUUGAAAUCCUGAAUAAGUAUUGAUGGUAUGGUGUACAUAUUUCAGUUUUCCAAAUUCUGCAAAGUGAAACACGUCCAUCUUCCAGAUUUCAUUCCUCUGAGUAUCCUUUGGGUUACAUCCUGCUGGUAAUUGCAUUUGAUUGUAGAAGGAACAAGUAGGACAUUUCUUUACUAUUUCUUUGGCUUGUUGUCAGGUUAUGGAAUAAUCUCUUUUUAAACGUUUAAUAUUGACAUGAUGUUUUUUUAAUGAACUCUGAGACCUCCAGCACAUUUCUUAUCAAUAAUUUAUCAAUCUCAUCAUUGCCUUGUUCUAGAGGCCCUGGCAGAUCAGUAUGGGAUCUGAUGUGAGUUAUAUGUAAAGGAUGACUCCUUUUCCUGAUUGUAUCUUGUAAUUUAAUAAAUAGUGAAGUUAAUUCUGAUGCAUCAGGGACAAAUUUUGCAGUCUCAAUAUGUAAUACCACUCUUUCAGCCUACUGAGAGUCAGUAACUAUGGUGAGAAUUUCUGAAAAAACCAUUAAUACCAACAGAAUAGCAUACAAUUCUAAUAUUUGAACUGAAUUAUAAGGACUUUGAACCACUUUACUUAAAUUUUCUGAUUUGUAACCUGCUUUUUCUUGUUUAUUGGCAUGUGUAUAAAAUAUAUGAACUCCAGAUAUGGGUUUUUCCCAUACAAUUCGAGGCAAAAUGCAAUCAUCUCUCUUUAUAAGAUCAAUUCUAUAGCUUUUGGGAUAUCUGCUGUUAAUUUCUCCCAGAAAAUUAAUGCAAGCUCUUUGCCAAGCAUCACUUUCUGUCCAUAAUUUUUCAAUGUCCUCUUUAGUUAAAGGUACGACAAUUUCUGUUGAGUCUAUUCCUGCUAAUUGAUGAAGUCUCAAUUUUCCUUUCCAAAUCAAGUCAGAGAUUUUUCCACAUAAUUUUUUAAUUUUUUAUUCGAUUUAUUUGGUAAAAAUAUCUGUUCCAAUAAAAGAUCUUCCCUCUGCAUUAACAUUCCUGUAGGAGAAUGCCUAGAAAGUAAAAUGACCAAAAUUCAAUCCAGCUUUGGAUCAUUACGAUCCACGUGCCCUUCAUGUACUUUCUUUUCUACCAAGGCCAAUUCUUUCUCAGGUUCAGGUGAUAAUUCCCUGGGACUAUUUAAGUAUUUGUCAUCCUCGAAGGUUUUCAACAAAUUAUUCAGUUCAUCAUUUUUUACUCCAACAAUAGUUCGUAGAUGAGAAAUGUCUCCAAAUUAUCUUUGAAAGUUAUUAAGAGUCUGUAGUCGAUCUCUCCUGAUUUGCACCUUUUGGGGUCUAAUUUUUUGUAGUUCUAUUUUAUAUUCUAAAUAAUUAAUAGAAUCUCCUCUUUGCAUCUUUUCAGGAGCAAUUUGUAAUCCCCAGCAAGGCAAAAUAUUCUUUACUUCUUCAAACAUUCUUUCUAAAGUUUCUGUGUUUGGGUCAGUUAGUAAAAUAUCAUCCAUUUAAUGAUAAAUUAUAGAUUUAGGAAAGUUUUACGUAUGACUUCCAAUGGCUGUUGUACAAAACAUUGACACAGAGUUGAGUUAUUCAACAUUCCCUGUGGGAGGACUCUCCAUUGAAAUCUUUUAACCGGUUGAGAGUUAUUGUAAGUAGGCGCCGUGAAGGCAAACCUUUCUCUGUCUUUUUCUUGUAAGGGUAUUGAAAAGAAACAGGCUGGGCAGUGGUGAUGCAUGCCUUUAAUCCCAGCACUUGGGAGGCAGAGGCAGGAGGAUCUUUGUGAGUUCUAGGCCAGCCGGGGCUACCAAGUGAGUUCCAGGAAAGGCACAAAGCUAUACAGAGGAACCCUGUCUCGCAAAACCAAGACCAAAAAAAAAAUAAAAAAAAAAAGAAAAGAAACAGUCUUUUAAAUCAAUAACUAUGAGAGGCUAUCCUUUUGGUAACAGUGUAGGCAAAGGAAUUCCAGAUUGUAGAGAGCCCAUUGGCUGAAUUAAUUUGUUAAUUGCUCUAAGGUCUGUUACCAUUCUCCAUUUACCAGAUUUCUUUUUAAUAACAAAUACAGGAGAAUUCCAAGAGCUGGUUGAUUCUUCAAUAUGGUGAGCAUUUAACUGUUUUUCUACCAGCUCUUCUAAAGCCUGGAGUUUCUCUGUUGUUAAAGGCCACUGCUGAAGCCAUAUAGGCUUGUCUGUUAACCAUUUUAAAGGUAGAGUUGUUGCUGUCUUUGGGAGAUUAUCAGUUGUUGUAUCCUGUUCUUAUAUAAUAUGGAUGGCUGGUGAUCACUCAUUAGAAUAAUAUCUUUUAAAAUUUCUCUCAGAAACAUGUGCUAGUUUAUGAUUUGUUUCUGAGGUUGGAGGGAUGUUAAUCUGUGUAUUCCAUUGUUGCAACAGGUCUCAAACCCACAAGUUCAUAGCUAUGUUAACCACAUAUGGUUUUAAUUUUCCUCUCUGUCCUUUUGGACUUAUAUAUUUGAGCCAUCUUGCACUCUGUUUCACUUGAGAUAAUGUCCCAAUUCCUAACAGUUGAACUUUUACCUCCUGAAGAGACCAAGUUUGAUGCCAAAAUUCUGGUGCAAUCAUGGGAAUGUCAGCACCUGUGUCUACCAGACCAGACAACAAAACACCAUUUAUUUUUAUUGUUAAUUUUGGUCUUUGUUCAUCAUUAGAAAUUUGCCAAAAAAUUUAUUUGUUUUUUCUUGAAUUUUCUGUUCUCUCUGUUUCAACAUCCCAAGCAACAUGAUUUACUCUAAUAGUCAUUUGGUUAUUUAAUUGCUUUGAGUAGGGGUUUUCUCUACAACUGCAGGAAAGGUUUGAACUGGAUUUACUGUGGGGGCCUGCCUGAGGCCCCUCUGGGUGUUUUCCAAAGACCGAGGCAAAGGAUUACCUUGCCUGUCCCUUGUUGAUCUAUAUUCAUUGGUCCAGUGUUUUCUCUUACCACACCUUCUGCAUACUCCAGAAGGAAGGGGCAUUGUGUUGUCAUUGUUCCUUGAAGAAACAUUGUUUCUAGGAAUGACGUGUUUACAGUCCCUUUUCAAAUGUCCUUGCUUUCCACAUCCAAAUCAUCUAACAUUCCUCAAAUCAUUUGAAAUUGCUUCUUCUACCCACAUAUCAUCUUGGCCAUAAGACUCAACAUUAAUAUUUGUCUCUAAUCCAGUCUUCCAGGGAUGAAGAUCUUACCUUUAAUGGCCUGAUUAUGCUCUUGCAUGCUGCAUUCGUGUUCUCAAAAGCCAAAGAUUCAAUUAUUAUCUGACUGGCUUCUGAAUUCAGGAUCAUUCUCUUUACAGCUGAAGCCAGUCUUUGUAAGAAAUCUGUGAAAGCUUCUUUUGGGACCUGUAUAACCUUUGUAAAUGACUCAGUUUUCUGUCCUGGUUCCUCAACUCUGUCCCAUUCAUUCAAGGCUGCUGUUUGACAAAGAACUAAGGUUUGGAUAUCAUAAAAACAUUGUGUUUGUACUGCAGCAUAUUGGCCUUCUCCAACAAAUUAAUCCUGGAAGACUUGCAUUCCUUUAUCCCUCCAUUUUUUUUCAAUGUUUUUAGCCUCCUCCUUGAACCACAUUAGUCAUUGGAGCUGUUGUCCGGGUUCCAGAACAGCAUGUGCCAGCUCCUGCCAGUCCUGUGGUAUAAUCCUAUUAUAAGUUGACCAUAAGUACAACAUUUGAUUUACAUAUGGGGAAUGCAUGCCAUAAGAUACUAUUGCCUCCUAAAACCUUCAUAAAUCCAACAUUUCAUUUGGAGUCCAAAUAUUUUGUGUAUUCAUUUGAUGAGGUAGUUGAUGUAUGGUUACCGAAUAAAUUGAGGGUGAUUGUGUGAAAACAGGCUUUCUUUCUGUAACCUUAUUAUCCAAUCUUGAAACAAUUUUACUGUUAAUUACUUCUGUUUGAAUUUGAAUUUCUCUUUUUUUUUUUUUUUUUUUUUUUUUUGGUUUUUCGAGACAGGGUUUCUCUGUGUAGCUUUGCGCCUUUCCUGGAUCUCGCGCUGUAGCCCAGGCUGGCCUCGAACUCACAGAGAUCCGCCUGGCUCUGCCUCCCGAGUGCUGGGAUUAAAGGCGUGCGCCACCACCGCCCUCUGUAAUUCAUUUCAACAGUUUUAACAGGUUUUUCUAAAACUUUUGUCCUGGCACUUAAAUUGGCUAUCUUUUUAAAUAGCAAAAUAAGGAUAAGAAAAGUAAUAAAGUGAAUAAUUCGAUAAAUAUUAAUCUUCUCAUAUAGUUGUUCCAUUUUCAGACUGCCUAAAAUUUCAAAAAAGCCCAAUUUUCUUCCAAUGUACACAUAAAACUCAUUUUUUAAAUGUGGAAAAAAUUUCUCUUUUAAAUAGUUUCCUUUAAAAUAUCUGAUAUCUUAAUUGACUUACCAAGUCUGCAAAGAACAGUAGAAAUCUGAGGGAAUUUCAAAACAGCUACCUAGUGACUGAGGUGUGAAUCCAUAGAGAGAGAGAGAAAAAGAGAGAAAGAGAAAGUAACCAAGAAAGCAUAGCCACAUUUCUGGCUAAAAGCUUAAAUCCAGCUCGUGUUCCCGCUUGAGCCAAGUCAAGCAUGGGGUCUGGCUUCCUUAAGCUCUGAACAUGUGCCUUGGCAUUUCAGUCAAAAGUAUGUGUAGCUACUGCAAUUAGCAGUAGCUCCGGCAGGGCAAGCGUGAGUUGUUUGUAGCACUGGCUUUAAGCAAGUAGCUCCAGCUGUGGUAUUGGCUUGUAGCUAUGGUCAGUCAGGCCUGAGACCUAAGCCGAGCUGGGCCCGAGCUAGGGAGCAGGGCCACCUAGGCGGGAAACCAGACUUGCUGCCAAGCCAAGUCAAGUGGUUUUUAAUGAAGUCUUGCCACGUUGGGCACCAGAUGUAGAUGUUCCCAUCUCAUUAAAUAAGAAACACAGAGCCAAUGCAAAGAUGAAAGCCCAAGAGGUCAGAUCAAGCUAAGAGCUAAAAACCUUACCCUUAACUGCCAUUGCUAUCUUCCUCAGCAAGAGAGCUAUUCCCUGUCUGUUUGUCUUUUUUAUAGAUUUUGUAUUCUGCCUUCUCAUUGGCUGUAAUCCCAACCACAUGACUUCCUCAUUACUGACUCUCUGUACAGACCUCCAUGUCUUCUUUGGUUGGUAUUUAGAUUAAAGGUGUGUGUCUCCAUGCUGGUUGUAUCCUUAAACACACAGAGAUCUGCCUAGCUCUGCCUCCUAAGAGCUGGGUUUAAAGGCAUGCACCAUCACUGCCCAGUUUUUGCUAUGGCUUGCUAUUAGCUCUGAACCCCAGGCAACUUUAUUUAUUAGCAUACAAAUAAAAUCACAUUUCAGUACAAUUAAAAUAUCACCAUAUAUGCACCACAUGUACACCUGUCUUCACAGUAGUCCAAAGAGAGUCUUAGAAACCACAAGCUUGGAAUAAUGAACAGUUGUGUGAUUCCCCCAUAUAAGUACUGACAAUUGAGCACAUCUAUAUGCAAAACCAGUAAGAGCACUUAACUCCUGAGCCAUUGCUCCUUCCCUAUGUUGAUUAUUUAUGAUCAUUAUUGAUAUUGCUAAUGUUAUCUUAUUUCAAUUGGUAACUGUUUAAAUGCACAGUUCCUUUUAGUAAGAUUUAUUAAAAUACUGUUUAAAAUGGAGCAAUUCAGGUUUCUGGAAGAUGAAUACAGAAAUGGAGUGAAUGCCUAACUCUUUGCAGCACUUCAGAAAAAAAAUUCUCUGAGUUCAUCUUAUAUGUUUUGUUUGUUUGAUGGAAGUUUGCAGCAUAGAUGGGUUCUUAAUAUUAACUUCUUGCUCUCCUAUAACUGAUUGCAUACACUAGGUUAACUUUCACCUUGGAAGCACAUAUACCUGCUUAAAACCUUCUAAGUUCUGGGAUUAAAGACAUGAGCUGAUAUACCCAGCUUAAAAAUCUUUGUAGUUAAUAACUGUUCAUACAAUUUCUCUGAUGUGUGCUCAGUACUGUUGAAGUGUUUGCCUGUCUGCUUAUCUCUGUUAAUAAGCAUUUCUCUUGCAAGGUGAUAUCCUGUUCAAAGCAUUCAGAAAUAAUAGAGGUAACCACUUACUCAUUUUCUUUGUAAAAUAACUUGAUGAUUUCAUUGUAAUAUCUGAGUUAUAGAAUACAUAUAGCAAUCGCCAGAACUGUAUGACUAUAUUGUCAAAUAAGCACACAUUUACUAUGUUGUAUCAUGCUUUCAGUUUUAUACAUGUUAAUGGCAUAUUUAUAUAUGGCAUAUGUUAGAAUACAGUUUCAUAUAAUGAUGUGCAUGUUGAAAUCACUCAUGAAGAAUGGACAUUGUUGGAUCCUUCACAGAGGAAUCUCUACAAAGAUGUGAAUCUGGAGACCUAUAUGAACCUCACUGCUAUAGGUAACACCGUAAAUUUUUCUUCACAUUUUAAAUAAGGGGAAAACAGUUUCUUGGUUAUUGAUGCUCUUCUGUAAUUCCGAUUGAGAAUGAGGAAGAAUGAGGUAAAUAAAACAGGCUUGGUUCAAAGGAUCAAUGAAGAUACUAAUGUAAAUUUUUCAGUUUCCUGUAAUAUUUCAUACAUUUCCUUGUUUGAUAUAUUAGGCUACAAUUGGGAAGACCUUGAAGUUGAAUAACAUUGUCAAAGUUCUCAAAAACAUGGAAGGUAAUUUUCUUGUGCAAGCUGACACAAAUGGGACUCUGGAUAUAUUUAACAUAUCUUGACAUUUUCAAGAAGUGAAACAUUGUAAAUAAUCACAGCUUAAAAAGCAUUGAUGAUCAUUAAAUGCUCAUAACACACAUAACUCAAUGGCACGUAAGUGAAUUGUGUUUGUAAGUCAUUCUUUUAAGAAGGAAGACAAGGAAUCUAUGCCUUAACAAUAAUCAUCAUUUGAACAAUACCUUCAUCAGAACUGUGCUGUACAAGUGACAUUUUGUUUAGUUUCAUACUAUUCAAAUUACAAAAGGUAUAUUCACUGAAUGUAUGAUAAGAAUAAAGAACAAACUUUUAAUAAGGAAUUAAUCCAUAGUAAAAGCAUUGUUACUCAAAAGUCAUUCUGUCUUUUUAAUUUUAAUUAGAUAGGUAGUUAAGUCAAAAGUUAAGGUGGGUUGUUGUUGAGAAACAUUAAUCCCUAUACCACAUGUUGACUGGGAACUGAAAGUACAAUUGUAAAUAAAAUGUGGAAACCUUCA